AUGCUCGGCGUCUUCCCUGCUUCCGGCGGACUCGGCGGCUCCAUCGUCUCGCACCUCCUCCGCAUCGUCCCCGCCGACCAGCGCUCUCGACUCGCCUUCAUCUCUCGACACCCCGACCGGCUCGAUGACGCGCGGAAACAGGGUGCCGUGGUCCGCCAGGCAGACUACGACGACCAUGCAUCCUUGGAGACGGCGUUUGAGGGCGUCGAGGUCCUCUGCCUGAUCUCGUACGCCAGCAUCCAGAACGACCACCGCUUCAAUUCGCACAAGCGCGCCAUCGAAGCUGCACGGCGUCAAGGCGUCAAGCACAUCGUCUACUCUUCGCUCGGCUUCGCGGGGAGGCCGGAGUCGACGGAGAGUGUGACGCAAGUAAUGGCGGCGCACCUGCGGACCGAACAGUACCUGCGCGAGGUGCAGGCCCAGGACUCGAGCUUCAGCUACACCAUCGUUCGUGAAGGCAUCUACUCGGAGUCGACCCCCAUUUACACCGCCUUCUUCACCUUAUCCAAUCCCUCCACACCCAUCAGGAUCCCUCACGACGGCUCAGGACCCGGCGUCACCUGGGUCAAGCGCGACGAGCUGGGCGAGGCGACCGCGCUCGUCCUUCAGUCGAUCUUCUUCCGCCGCACCGACGAGUACAAGAACCGCCUCUUGCUCCUCACAGGCGAGAAGGAGUGGACUCUGAAGGAGACGGUCGAGCUGCUCGGCUCGGUAACCGGCCGUACCGACUUGCGCAUCGAGGAGGUCAGCGUCGACGAGUACGCCGAGCAGGUCAAGGGGGCACUGGUGUACGGCGGGCAGGACUAUGCGAAGAAGUGGGCGACGGCGUGGGAGGGUAUCAGGAGGGGAGAGACGGCGGUCGUGACGCCCACUUUGCGCGAGAUCCUGGGAAGGGAGCCGGAGCCGUUCGAGGUCACGAUUCGUCAGCUCGCAAAGGACGCUCAGGCUCAGAAGUAG